AUUUAUUUGGCUGUUUCUCAUUUAAACCUGCACAUGGAACCAUAAUUUAAACGGACCUGCAAUGCAGACUCGAGCACACCUGUCGUCCCUUCUCUGCUCCACAUUUCCAUCACUUUCUAAAAGAAAAACAAAAACGGCAGAUAUGUUACAUGAAGUGUUACAGCAUUAUAACUUAAUUUCCCAGAUCCCCACCAGCAGUGAGGAGGUCACGGGUCAGAGACAGUACAGAUGGAUGAAAAUAUUCAAGUGUGGCUACGAUAGGGAGUUUAUGAAAGCAAUAAAGGUAUUUCCACGGUGUGACCUUGUGCCUCCAGAGAGCCGCUGUCUUCUAUAUCUACCCUGUAGAUCCGGAUUUGUGUAAAAAUCAUUAAAAGAAUCACAAAUUCGCUUCUAGGGGAGUAUAUAGUUGAUUUAUACACGACGGCAGCGAUGGAUCCAACACAGGGAGGAGAGGCCUUUGGCUGCUGUCAUUGGAUUGUAACGCCUUUGUUCAUUAUGGAUCGCUGCUUUAGAUUUUAAUUUGUAAAAGUGGAACUGUGAAGGUUUAAAAAGAUGUCUCUUCCAUGAAUUAGUAUUUCCUUUUAGCAUAGACAUAAGCCAAUGUAGCGUAUUUAUUUAAGGACUUUAUUGGUGGUUAUGUGAUGUUUAUUUUGAAGCACCUGUGUGGAUCAAGCACCGUGUUGUGGGUCUAUUAUGCUCCAAAGUGAUGAAAACUCAGUCCAAGUCUUGUAUUUUUUUUUCCGAUCAUCAAACCGCCUCAUAGUUUUAUAGUUUUAAAGGCCAACUCCAGGUUGAAUCGGUUUUUAUUUAUUAUUUGUCUUGUUGAAAAAUGAUGCGGUUGGAUUCACUGUUAAUCUAGAAAGGCGUAUUGGGGGGUUGUGUGUGUGUGUGUGUGUAUGGGGGGUCGAUUUCGAGACGGUCAAUUUCUCGAAACAAAGGACUUGGAUAUCUCCAUCAUCUGGCCUGUGUCUCUCUCUGUGUGUGCGCGCACCUUUGAUAACAGAGUGCACAGCAGCCUCCUUAAAACAUCAGUUGUUUUUUUGUUUACCUGACACAGGGUUUUGGUCUUGUUUCGAUGCUGUUGAACGCACACAGAAAUUGCAGCAAGCAGAUUUUACUGGAAUUAAAGGAGUUUGCUGUAAAACUUGUUAGGUGAGAAUCUGGGAAAAUAGUAUUAUUAAUAUUAUUUAUAAUGCAGACCGUCGUCUAGUUUCUGUGCGUCUUCUCUCGUCUCUGUAAAGGUGUAAGUCCUUGUUAUAUGGUGUAUUGUGUCUGUUUUAUAGCAGUUUGAAAGUACAGUGAGACUGCGUUACAUGGUAGUCUGUUCAGUAAUGCACAGCUCAAGGGCAAAUGAAGCCGCACAAUCUGAAUGAGGGCAUAUGGACUUGUUAUGCCAGUGAUGCUUUUCAAUCGGAAAAGUGGAGGGAAAUAAAUCCUGUUUUUUCAUGCAAGGCAAAAGACGACCCUGGCUGUGGCUGAAUUACCAUGCAAGGGGAGUUAAAUGUAGAAUUGGCGCCUGUUGAAGCAACGCGGGUUUUUAAAAAAGAGGGAAAUGGUGCUGGAUUCUCGUACCGAAUGCAAAGGUCUGCAGUGAUUUAGGAGGCCGUGUAACCUGAAUUAGUUGAUGAAUUUUCUAUCGAUCCUAAACAAGCCAGAUUUAUCUCUGACAAGGUGCUGCAGCAGCCGGCCAGGCCACUCUCCCACUCCCCAUUAUUAGCGAUUUAGAAAUAACAGGAAAAAAAGAAAAAAGCUUUGGCAAGCAAGUCCCUACACACACCCAAAUAUAUACACAGAGGGUGGUGCAAGCAGGCGCCACUUUAAAUCCCCCCAAGCGCUUUCUUUCUGCUGCUUCUUUUUUUCUGUUUUCUUUAUUUUUUUCUAUUUGAAGUUCCAGCCAGACGCAGGGGGAAAGGGUUCGUUUGCAAUAAGGGAGGACUUGUCAUCUGUACUGUACUCUGUUGCUCGAGUGAAUUCAUGCGUGCGCGUUCCUCAGUGGCUUCAGCUGGAGCGAGAUGUAUUUUCAGCGUGUCAGAAGUGCUUUGUUGUUGUUGUGAUUCUCUGCCUGCUUAGGAAGGCAUGCACGCCGACAUGUGGUGGGGAGAUAUAUAGAUAGACAUAAGGAGAGAGACGGUGAGGCAGAGGGGAAAGUAUUGUAAGACUGUGAAUGCCCACAAAAUGAGGCCAUCUGAUGAUGCGCGUGCGGGGGCCGUGUAUACGCUUAAUCCCAUUUCCUUAUCCGGGGUCCGUCUGGAGGCGCGCCAUUGGCCGGCUGCCGUCACGUGGCUUCUUAACUUUGUUCACUUGACAGAAAAGUAGGAGGGUUCAACGGAACAGGAAUAACCGAAGAGUAAAGGGAUGAGAAUAUAUUUUAGUUAUAUAUUUUCCAAGUGGGUGCAAUUCCACAAAAACACUGAAAUUAAUGGCCAUGAGCUCCUAUUUGAUCAACUCCAACUAUGUGGAUCCGAAGUUCCCACCAUGCGAGGAAUACUCACAGAGCGACUAUCUGCCCAGCCACUCUCCGGACUAUUACAGCUCCCAGAGGCAGGAGUCUGCUGCCUUUCAGCCGGACUCUCUCUACCACCAUCAACACCACCAGAACCACCACCAGCAGCGAGCCGAGCCGCCAUACACGCCGUGCCAGCGUGCAGUUCAGCCCGCCUCGGUGGUGAUGUCCCCUCGGGGUCACGUCCUCCCCCCGGCCGGGCUGCAGACCACCCCCGUCCCGGAGCAGAGCCACCGCUGCGACUCGGUGACACCCAGCCCGCCUCCGUCUUGCGGCCAAAAGCCCCACAGCCAAAGCACUUCGUCCCCCGCGAGCACUCCUAAGGACCCCGUAGUCUACCCUUGGAUGAAGAAAGUCCAUGUAAACAUCGUGAGUUCAAACUACACAGGGGGUGAGCCGAAGCGCUCGCGGACGGCCUACACGCGCCAGCAGGUCCUGGAGCUCGAGAAGGAGUUCCACUACAACCGGUACCUGACGCGCAGGCGCAGGGUGGAGAUCGCGCAUACGCUGUGCCUGUCAGAGCGGCAGAUCAAGAUCUGGUUCCAGAACCGGAGGAUGAAAUGGAAGAAGGACCACAAGUUGCCCAACACCAAGGUCCGCUCCGGGACAAACAACAAUAACACAAACUCCCAGGCUCUAACCGUCCCAGAACCGCACCGGACCCCUAUAGCCCGAUCUUUGGCUCUUUGUCUGAUGUUUGCCCUCCCUUUCCCUGAUUCCCAGACUGAACGCCGAAGCGGCAGCCACGUUUGUAACCGCCGAAGCCUGCACUUCGGACCGGAAUAACGCCUUUGCUCUGGAGGGAGGGAGAGAUGUCAUUGCUGCCUGUUCGGCCCUGAUAUGUGCCGAUGUUUCACACUAUAAUAUGACGUUAUGGCAUGGGAGGGGGUGGAGGGAGAGAUUUCCCAUUCAUAAAAAAUGAAAUGAACAAAAGAAGGCGAAGAAGGAGACUUAAAGAACUGAUCCCCCAAUUCUCUCUCUGCCUCUCUCGCUCUCUGCUUUUUAUAUUUCUGUCUUUUUAUAUUCGUCUCUCUCUUCCUCUAUGACAGAGCAUAAGACGUAGGCUGAGGAUAAUGUGCCCGCGUGCGUGUGGUUUCUUUCCUUCUUUUUUUCUAUCCGAGACUUUUUUGGUGAAGAUGGAUCCUCGUUUUCAUCUUUAAUCAUGCCAAACUCGGGCCCCAUUUGUCAUGUUUACUCUGCGGGUACAAAGCAAAGGGGUGAACCGCGGCUCUGCCCAUUACCCCUCGCCCCCACCCCCCUGCACCGCUCCCCAAACCACUACCGUUCAACCCUCCACCCACUCACUCACGCACAUGUAAUUAAUGGAACUCACGUUUCGUCAAGAGAAGUAUUCUUACACCCCGCCACACACACACAUACAAAAACCACGCAUGGCCGUACCCCCCGUCCGCCCUUAUAGUAUGCAAAAUCAAAUAUAACCUCCGGUAUGAUCCAAAAUGACGCCAGGCAGUUUUCUGUCUUGCUGUUAUCAUUAUAACUGUUGGUAUUUCUGUUUUGUUAAAUGACAAAAUAUAGCUUUUUAAAUUUUAAUUAUCAUUAUUUUGAAUUCAGUGUUGAUUGUAAAAUUAUACGUUAUGCUGUUAUUGCUGAGAAUGACAAGGAGCGUGGUCGGUUGAUUGUUCAUUUUGUGAUGUUGUAUACAGGGAAACAGACUGACAGGGUGAUUAAAGUGAAAUAAAGUUAAAUUAAGGCAUUUUCCACUACGUGCCAAACGGGGUUUAUAUAGCUGCCUAAACAAAGGACACUAAUAGGCCUAUCCAAACCAAAAUCCUGGUACAAAUAGCUCAAGAACACAUUAUGAACGCAGCACUAUACAAUGUACUACCUAUUACCUCAGUUGUACUUAUAUAUAUAAUUUUAUUUUUUGUCGUCAUAUUUUCUCUUGCUCGUUUAAUGAAGUGACAGCUUUUCGAGCUUUUAUAUUUUUAAAAUGGUGUGACGAGUUAUUAUAAUAAUUAUUGUUACCUGCAAUACAAAAAGCGCUAUUCAUUUCUUGUAUGUGGACAUUUUUAAAAUGUAAUUUAAUUCUAAGCAAUUGUUGUGGCCAGGGACACUCAGAAAAAUAAGGAGCCUUUUGUUGCUUGUCUGAAUGAUGUUCAUUUAUUUUUCUAUGUUUUCCUAUUUGUCUCUUCUUUCUCCGCACAUUAAAUGCCCACACACUUCCUUUUUCGUAUUUGUUUAUCCCCCUUUUCUCUGUUCUGUCACCUUGUGCCACUUCUUAGAUAUUUUAUUCUGCAAAUGUUCUUUAAUUGAUGUUAUUUUAUUUACAUUCCAAAGAUCCGUUUCUAUCGUUAUUGGUGAUGAUGAUAAUAACAAUGAUGGUAUUGUUUAACACGUGUUACCUCCUCCGAUAUGUAAUUUGCUCCUUUUUCCUAUGUCUCCCCAGUGUCUACCUUCCUAUUAUUUGUAAAUAGUUCAUAGAAAUUUAAAUAAAUGGCUAAAAAAGUUUCGUUUUCUAUCUUCUUCUCUUUCAUUUCCUCUCUCAAAAUUAUGAUUUGUCCAGUUUCUUCUCAUCGAGGUUUAACGGUGUAGGAUGUAUUUAAAUCAUACAUUCACGCUCCCACAUGCACACACAGUAAAUAAUUUUAUUUAAUUCCAGUGUUGGUAUUGCCUACAAACGCACAGCGACCUGUCUUGAGAAAUCAGCAGCCUGCGAUGAUUAAUCUGUCCCUGCCGUGAGUGAUCUUGGUACAUUACGUCCUGUAAUCUCGUUUUAAAUCACAAACCGUCCCUUCGUUUCACUCUCGUUCUCCCGUUAAUUUAACGGCUGCUCAGACGCACUGGCCCAACACAGAGUUUGGGACACCCCCUCCCUCCGUCUCCUGGUUCUGAGGAAAAAAAACAUUAAAUAGUUUCUCGGUUCGUGGUCUUUUAAUGCUUUAAUGAGUGUCAUUUUUGCAGAACUGUUUUUUUUUUAAUAUCGGUGUUUUCUGGACCGGUGCUGUGCGCGCAUGUGUGUUUUAUUUUUUUAUGUAUUACAAAAAGGGAGCGGGCCGGCGCCAUAGCUCAAACCCUGACAACCAAAUAGAUAAUCAACAAGACGAAUGGCUUCUUUUGUAAGGCGCGGCUCCCGUAUUAAUUUUCAUUUUCUUUUCUUAGAGCAGGUAUCGAAAAAUAUAGAGCAAGAGGGGGGAGAACGAGAAAAUAGCAUUCCUCUCGAUGAACUUUAAACAAAAAAAAAAUGUGCCCCUUAAAUUGGUCCGUGCGUAUUCCUCGGCCCAGAGAAGAUUCCUUGUUACUUGUUGGUUGAUUUCUCCCUGGGCUUCUUGCCACAGAAACUCCCUCUGCCCAUUUAUCUGUUUUCUUCCUGUUUAUGAAAGGCUCCCCCAGAGCUAAAACCGCCCUCCUAUCAAACUGUACAGCUAAGUGUGCUCAAACACACACGCGCGCGCACACGCUGCGCUAAAAUGGUAAAGCUUUACAUAUGGUGACUCAGGAAUAGGCUUGUAAACCUGCAUUUUCAAACAUUUUAUGUUCAUUACUGUAAAAAUCAUUUUUUGUUUUACUAUUAACCACUCUGCCCCAAAGUGACUACAACGCGUUUUCACUCGUUUCGUUUUUUGAGAAUGUGCAUUAAUUUCCAAUUGCUGAAAACAAGCCAUAUAUAUAGGCUAUACUUUCCUCUUAUAUGGUGAACGCUAUAAUGUUUAAUACCCCCUCCUCCACACACAAACACAAACCCUCAGGCGGUCCACCUCUCCUCACAUAAGACAAUAUUUGUGUCUUAUAAUGCUUUCGCUACACACCAAUUGUCCUAUAUUGCAGCAUCUAAAGAGACACCCCCUCCACAAUAUUCACACACAUAUGUUCCUCCACAAUAACCCCUAAAGCCCCUGAGCACUUGCAGUCCGAGUUGAAAUAAAUUUGCGUGUGAGGUGACACCGCGCACAAUAAAAUCCACCAAGGAAUCCUUAUUCUUUUUUACCCCCCUUUAUCAGCCGGGGCCUUCUGCUGCUUCGGUGAAUGGGAGCAGAUUUUUGUGAGGAUAUUCACCCCCACCCUUUACCCACCCGCACCCCACGAAAAAGUUCACCGCCAUUAUUUUCUGGACAGGACAGAGGGGACGGCACCUCAAGAAAAAUGCGAGAAUUAUACAAGAAAAAUCAUUAAUCACUUGCUCUUCUUUAAACACUUCUCCUUCUUCUUCUGCUUCUUCUUUUUCUUCUUCUUCUCUAUUGUCAUCCGGCAGCCACACACAAGACCCCUUCUGCCAGGAGAGAGAGAGAAAGGGGAAGGAACAGAGACAGACAGAGGAGAAG